AUGCAUUUUACGACAAGAGAUCAAUUGAGGAGUGUUGUCCAACAGUGGGCAUUGCUGAAUGGACACAAUGUGGGCUGGGUUAGGAGUGCUAAAACAAGGUUAGAGGCUGUUUGUAGUGGAGAUUGUAGUUGGAGGCUCUAUGCAUCGAAGAUUGGUGGUGAGAAGACCUUUCAGAUAAGAAGGGUGUCGAAAAACCAUACUUGUCCCAGAGCCAUGACUAAUAGGCAAGCUACAUCAGAGUGGAUUGCAAAGAAAUUCAUUCAGCGGUUUCGUAGAAACCCAAUGUAUGUCCCGGCUGAAAUGAUGCUUGAUGUUAAAGAUAAGUACAACGGUCUCACUGUCUCGCGGUCGACCUGUUACCGAGCAAGGGAUUUAGCUUUGCAGCUUAUUCGGGGGUCCCUGGAAACCCACUACACGCAAUUUAGAUCAUAUGAUGCUGAGCUGAAGAGGGUUGAUACGGAGGGCCUGUUUAGUUUUUUUUUCAUUCACAAUCCAGACAAUGGGGCUCCAGUGUUUCAGAGGUAUUACGUAGGUUUUUCGGGCCUAAAGAAGGGUUUUAAGAAUGGAUGUAGACCUAUUCUUUGUGUCGACGGAUGUUUUUUGAAAACCUUAGUUGUCGGAGCUCUACUCAGUGCGGUUGCACGUGACGGCAAUAAUCAGAUGUUCCCGGUCGCCUGGGCCAUAGUCGAAGCUUAA